CUUCAAAUGACCGACGACGACAUCCAAUUGCCACCUACGUCGGCGGUGACGGACGAGAGCUCGACGUUCUUGGACUUGGGCGAUUUAGCCCCCGCCCUUCCGUCGCCAAGCCAAGCCGAGCUGGAUGAUGUCAUUGAAGGAAUUCCUUGCGAAGUCGUGGACCCGACAGUACUGGCGGCGAUUGCGCGCAACUUGGGCGCGGUGCCGGCGAAUCUCGUCCGAGUCGCCGCGUCGUACACGACCAGACAGAACCAAGUGGAGCCAGCCGUGCUCGUGCUGUAUCCGUUGAGAGACUGCACGAACGACUACAAGAAGCACCAUCGAGCGACCGCAGAGCCGUUCCCGACCAUGUACUGGCUCGCGAGUCCAGAACUGCACGAGCGCGUGUCGCUCUUGGAGGGCGCGGGGUUCGUCACGCGCUUCACCGACCGAUUGGCCGCCUCUCCUAAACAUCUCCAAGCCAUGACAGACAUGCAUGCCGCGUACGCGUCGGAGCGAUGGGCGCUGCUUACCCCCGCCGACAGACUUGUCGUGGAGAAGAAGCAGUGGGUUCGAGCAUUGCAGACGGUUGGCAUCGCUGGCAUCCGAAAUCCGGCGUCGGUCAAGUGUCUGCACACGCAUUACGCCCACUUCCUCGCGACUGGCCACAACCUCGUGGGUGCGUGGGUCCACCAAGCGUUGAACCAAGGAGAAUCUGCGACAGAGUCUGCUGGUGCAACGUGAAGACAACAUCACGUAAGCAGCAUGUGAAAGGUCGCGAGUGUAUCGUCGAUUGACCAUAGUACUAUUAUAUAUACGAACACCAAAGCAUCUUGUGUUGUGUUGUUGAUGUGGGUCGUCGACGACAUUACGACGACUUGGCUUCGACGUCGAUCGUGUAGUCGUAGUCGAUCGUGGGAAUCACAGACUGCAGGAACUUGAGAAAGAUGAACAUGUACUGGUCGCUGCGCACUUCCUUGCCGCCGCCCAUCAAGUUGGCCACGAUGCGCUUCAUCACGGCGCCGUGUUGACACGGAUGAAUCGACGCGUGCGGGAUGCCUUGCAAGUGCGGGUGCGGGUCGAUCGUCACGGUCUUGUUCGCGUAGUCCUGCGGCCCGUAGGUUCAUCAUGUCAUGGAGGACGAUGAUGGAACGAGUUGUACCUGCAUGAUGUCUUGCAGCAUGUCGUCGGGCUUGAGCGGCGCGCCACUCUCUUCGUACCCGAACAACCACACGCGGGGCGUGCGGUAGUACUUGUCGUAGCUGAUCGACAAAUCGUAUGUUCGUGUGUACACCAAGUUGCCGUCGGCAUCGAGUUCGGUCGGCUCGGGCUCGGACGUGGCGAUGUACGUCAACGUCGCCUCGUCGGUCUCUUCGACCAGAUUGUCGUCGUCGUCAAAUGCACUGAGGUCGGGCGGUGACGAUGAAGACGCGGUGGCAUGGCCAUACGUGGAGGUAGUUGCUGCUGCUGUCGCUUGGAAAUGCUCGUCGACUAGCGUACGGAGGAUGUUUGUUUGCGACGAGGACGUUGGCGAAGAGCCGCCACCGUCAAGGGAGAUGUGCUGCAUGCGCUCGGCCGUGUCGUCAACGGGCUUGUUCUGGUUGUGGGUCUCAAGCCAGUCAUUGUCACCCUCGACUGCCGUUUCCCCAAUGUAAUCUUGCUCCAACGACGUCACGCGGCGGCGACAGGGCACCCCCGUCGUGCGAAGAAACUGCUUGUUUGGAGGCAAGUACGAUCGGCGACUGCCCACGUCCCCUCCCUCCCAUCGCCACGUAGGGCACUUGUAGCAAAGCUGAUCCCCCGCGGCCACAAACUCUUCCGGUGUUAGCACGCCAUCCGUGACGAACCCAGACUCGGACAGCACCGGCGUCAGGUACUCGCGGACGUUCUGAAAGAUGUUCAUGGAUCCAAUAUGCUGCCCAAAAGAACGAAAG